CAUCAUUCUAUUGACCUUAUAUGCAAAAUUUUAAAAAAGUUCAUAUUUUUAUUCCCUUGUAAAAAAUUUCAUUUUCUUGUUACCCAAUUCUCACUUUUCUUCUAAUUACUCAUUUAGUCUUUGCGCCCUUGUUUUCCCUUUGAGGAAAAAAGGAGCCGCCUUUUAUGUGUUAGGGUUCCGAAUUGCCGAAUCUAUGGUAACAGUGCUGCUCUUUAUUCGAUUCUUUGCCUUGAUUUCUUGUUGAACCUUUGAUUUUAUCCAACUGUUGUGGCCAUCCCAGGUUGUUCAAGCCGAGGUUUCUACCUGUAAUGGACGACGGGGAGCUUGAAUUUUCGAACCAGGAAGUGUUUUCUGGGAAUAACAUUGGUGAUAUUCCAAGCAGUUGUUCAAUGGACAGUUUUUUUGAUGAAUUACUCAAUGAUUCUCAUGCUUGUACUCAUACACAUACAUGCAACCCACCUGGUCCUGAUAAUUCUCAUUCACACACAUGUUUCCAUGUUCAUACCAAAAUUGUGCCUGCUUCAACAGAAGACAAGACUAGCGAUGACACUGCUGGGUCCAAGGAGAAAUCGAAGAAACGUCCACUGGGUAAUCGUGAAGCUGUCAGGAAGUAUAGGGAAAAGGUUAAGGCACGAGCUGCAUUGUUGGAGGAUGAGGUUCUGAGAUUGAGGGCAGUGAACCAGCAGCUCUUGAAGAAGUUACAAGGGCAGGCUGCAUUGGAGGCUGAGGUUGCUAGGCUUAAGUGUUUGCUUGUGGAUAUUCGAGGAAGGAUUGAAGGGGAGAUUGGAUCUUUUCCGUAUCAGAAAUCAGCAACUACUGUUAACCCGAUGAAUAUUCCUGGUUCUUAUGUGAUGAAUCCUUGCAAUGUACAAUGCAAUGAUCUGAUGUAUUGCCCGCAUCCUGGAGUUGAAGGUAGAACAGGAGAAGAUGUAACGCUGAAUGGACAAGGAUUUAACGGGUGUGACUUUGACAAUUACCAGUGUUUCGCUGACCACAACUCAGGAGCAAAGGUGCUUUCUACAGGUGUGGUUGGAAGUGUAGGGUCCAACGGCAAUUAUUCUGGCAAUAAAAGGAGGAAAGGAGUUCGCCCAGCUACAUUGGGUUGAAAAACUGUUGAGAUGAGCAUUAUCCACAGUCCAUGGUGUAUUACAUUUGUCUUCCAACGAGCAGUUUUCUUGGGAUGCACCACUUCUUCCCUCAGGUCGCAUUUGUUUUUAUCAUUUUUUCCUUUUUGACCCUACUAAUGGGUCAUUAGAGAUUCGCUGUGGUCUUCUUAGUUUAUGUCCCUGGAGUAUAAAUAUUUGUCUUCCAAACAGCUGUCUUUGGUAUGUAUCACCUCCUUCCCUAGUGUUGCAUUGGUUUUUUAUUAUGUUUUUCAUUUCCCGCUCAUUUUUUUUGGUUUUUUAAACCUACCUAUUGGUUUUUAGAGAUUGGCUGAUGGUCUUCAUAGUUUAUGGUUUCUAGCAGGGACAAACUUGUAAAGCUCGAACUCUGGGUUUAUAUCUUGUAAAACCAUUUAUGAGCAGUUACUGACAGUCUUGUUUCUUACCAAGCUAAA